AUGCUGAACCUGGUCCGGGUCAUGUUGGUCUGCUCGCUUUGUUCGCUACUGAGGUGGCUUGGUGGAUCAAUCUCAGCCAAAUCGGUGGAUGCGAGUGGCACAACGAGUGGCACAGCCACUGGCAAGGAUAGCUAUGUUGCGGCUGGUUGUUGUGAGAAUAAAAUCCCCGAAAAUUCCCGGGGAUACGAAGAGGUCACCGUUGUUCCUAGCAGCCUGGUUGCAUGGCUGAUACACGCCUCGCUACCGCCAGGAAGGGAGAAGUCGCACAACGGGCGGAACGGUGCAUGGCUGGGAACGAGAAAAGCCAUCCGGUACAACCCAAGCGGGAAUACCAAGGCGCGACCCAACGGCUGGUACCUUGGCCAGGUCAGCAAGCAGACAGGUGUGCAUAUCCCUCCCUGUAUUGAUGUCGAGGGCGUCACGAUGCUCUCUCGGCUAGUUCUGCCGCAAUCCGGGCUGGGCGGUUACCAGACUCCGCUGUCUCAGGGCCGACGAGGCACAGCGGACACAAGCUUAUGUUUCCACGGCACGUAUCACUGCAUUCCUCUCAGUCAUCGGCAGAGGAAUGUCGGGGAGAACAUAAUUGCGAAGCAGGCAUGCCCAAAUAUCGAAGCGAGACAGCCGAGAUGGAGGGAUGCGUUGGAUAAACGUCGGGCAGCCCGCAGCCCGCAGCGCGGAGCCCGGGCCGCGUCCAACUUACUGGAGAAAUUGUUUUUGUACAGAGCACAUUUGGUAAGGUGCCUCGGUACCCAAGGUGAGGUACAAUUCAACAUGGAGGUCAAUUGGAAAUCCAGCACCAGACCAGCAAGCCUCCGUGUCAAGUCCACAUGCAAGACGCUAAGCCUCUGCCGUUACAAGCCUUUCAGCAGCAAACGUGCCUAAUUGAGGGUAAGGAGACCGG